AACCCGUCCACACCCACGAACUCUCAUCCAACCAUCACAAUGGCAUUCGCGUGGAAAGCCGCCGGUCUCACCUACAACCGCUACAUCGGCGUCGCAUCGCGCGUCGUGCGCCGCUCGCUCAAGGAAGAUAAGCGCAUCGCUGCCGAGCGACGGGGCCAGAGUGAACUCAGGUUCGCCAAGUGGGAGAAUGGCAAGCAGGGCGAAGUCAAGGACUUGAAUGCUGCGGCGCUGCAGGCACAGGCUGAUGCCACGAAGGCUGCGUAAGCGUCUAUUGAGGGCUCAAGUGAGGGCAUGCAGGAGAGAUGCUGAGGGAUGAGGAUGGGGAUCGGAGGUGGUGAAUGUAUAUUCUGUACUACCAAGGACUGCAUAAGGGGACGUUGAUGAAAAGCCAAUGCACGACGAAUUGAGCCCAUUUGCAUCUG